UGCUAUCACCAUUGGGUUUUUCAGCUGUUACAGGCCAAAGCCUCCCAGUGCUCUGAUGCUGCCGUGUAUCUUGCUGUGUGCUUUCGAGCCUGCAGGGCUGCAUGCAGGAUACUAUAUCCCUGGUGUUGUACAAAACAAAAACCCUUUCUUCUUUUUCUCCCUAAAGACUUUUCUCGUGUUCUUGGUAAUAAGAGCAGUUCCCUCAGAAGCUGUGGCAUGCAGUCCAGGAGAGUACGCAGUACAUGACGAGUGCUGCCCCAUGUGCAGUCCAGGUCAGCGAGUCCAGAAACAUUGCAACAAUUUCUCCUCCACAAGCUGCAUUCCUUGUGUUGGGAACACAUACACAGACCAUCCCAAUGGCUUAGAGGAGUGCAGAAGAUGUAAAUUUUGUGAUGAAGAACUCAAACUGAUAAUAACAGAAAAAUGUACGUACACAAGAAACACAGUGUGUGGCUGCAGAGAGGGGUAUUUCUGCCGUGAAUUUCAUGAUGAGGACUGCGAAAUGUGCCAAAAACACACCAUCUGCCCCCCUGGCUUUUGGGUGUCCAUUCCAGGUACAGCCACCAGUGACCACGAAUGUGAGCUCUGUCCUAAGGGAACCUUCUCAGCAGUAAGUAUGUCAAUGGUCUGCACACCGUGGACCAGGUGCGAAGACAGUGGUAUGGUUGAAGUAAAGGCUGGGACGUCUGCUUUGGAUGCAGGUUGUGGAAGAGGGAGCGAUCCUGUGACAACUGGAGCAGUUACAGGUCUUGUUAUACUUGCCUUGCUGUCCAUAACUGUAGCAGUGUUCCUCUACCGGCGAAAAAAAAAGAAGAGGAAACAGUAUGAGCCACAAAAACCGGAGACAGAGGGCCUUGAGAAAGGUGAGGAAGCACUGGUGCCGGUGCCAGGGAAUGGGCCAGAGAUACCUGUAGGCAUUCAGGAAACCGCCUCACACCCUGGAGUGCUAGGCCUCUGACCUGACACAGGUAAGAUCAGUUGAUGGAGGAAAGCUCUUGUAAAAGGGGAAGAACAAAGAGCUCUUAGCCAAGCCUGCAAGCCGUAUGUGUGCAGUCAUGCGGAAUAGCCACCAGCCUAGCUCCUGUGAAUGCAGCAUAGGCUUAUUUGGAUAAGGCCCAACAAGGAAGAACUGAGAAUGCAUCCAGCCCAGCUCAGGAACAGGACAGUUUUCAGACUCCCUCCCUGCUGCAUUCCAAUAUCCUCCCCACCUUGCAAGGGGGGUUUAUUGAGCUGUAUCUGGAGUAGCACCAUAGGAGCAUUGUAGUGGGAGACACCAACUGUACGACCAUCCUGCGGCACUCAAAUGUCUGAAGUCACACAGAGCUUCCUCACCAUCACCCAACCUGUCGAUGCCACACCCAAGGAGGCACAACUACGGAUGUACAAUGAGAGGCUGAAGAAAAUACCUGACCGCGGGUCUGCGGAGGCCCCUGUGGGGAGGGCAGCAGGACAGAGAGACCCAGAUCCUUGCCCCACUCUGGAGGGGAGAGGGCCUACAAUAUGGACAUUACAGCAGCCGAGUCCUUCCCACCAGGGGAUGAGGAAGCAUGGCAAAGGUGGCCUCAGACUAGGCAACACCUGCUGCAGUGUUAGCUGUGUUUUGCAUGUGCUCUCAUGCUGGCUUGCACUGUGUAUCCAAAUCUGCUGCAGAUCAGAGCCCCAGUGCAUUGCUAGAUCUGAGUGCCAACAUUUGGGCCAGGCCUAUGGGCUGGCCCCUGGUGUAGGAGUAGGGCCUGGUGUGGCACAGGAUUUCCUCUGUGUGGUGGUGUGUAGGCCUGAGCUUUUGCUUCUGACUCUGCCUGAAGCCCAUCUGCUAACACAAAGCUGUGUGUUAUUAGUAUUUGUAAAGGACUUGACCAUCCUCAGAGGAAAAGUGUUUGAGGGAUGUGAAAUAUGAACUCUAAACAUAACAGCAGCUGCUUCAGUAUCGCAGGGCUGAGUGCUGAGAGCAGGGGUGUGGGAGUCCCGAAGGGGUGCUCUGGCCUCUGCGGUGCCUUUUUCCUGGUGCGUCAUCUGGGGUAAACUAUAUGAUUGCUUCCUGUGAAUAAAAUGACGCAAUACCAAUGUCAUCAAUCAUUUUGCAAGAGUCUGCUCCUUCCUGUCUUAGGGGUUGUGCUGCUGGUUGUGCUUCGAGGGGGAGCCUGGGAAAAGGGGUUGUAAGAGAGCGCUCAGCUUUGGGAGUUGCAGCUUUGAGGCUGUGUGAGUGGGGGGAAGGGGGUAGGCACAACUGUGGUGGGCUCUUGGUUUUUUUUACAUAACAUCAUCCUGCUAAAGAGACGUUGCAGUAGGAACGAUUGCUAUUUUGGGCUGUAUCUAGGAAGUGGUUUACAGCGUGCAGAUGAGAAAAGAAAGCAAAAUGUUAUUUGCUGCUGUUCUGAGAUUUCCUGCUAGCAAAUGAGCCACAUAGAAAGUGGGUCUUGAGAGAUGGGACCAAGUAGGUGGGAAGUUGCUGAGAAUUUGGGCCUGCACGGCUCCAUGAAAAUCAGUUCAUGCUUGUGAAAGGUUCUGUGCUAUGUCUGGGUCAGCACUUUCCAAAGGGAAGAGUGAAAACAACCCUGGGCCUGUAAAGUUUCUGUAUCCAGCUGAGUUGAAGCAACAGCAUUUGAAGCCCUUUGUGUGUUGUUUGAGUUGCGCUCUUAAGGCAUUUGAGUACUGGCUUUAGUGAUGAUCCCUGGCAAAUGAUGCUGCUAGAAAUGAUUCCCUUUUAUACAGUUUGAGCUGUAUUUCCAUCCGCCCCGUCAUACAAACACUGCAGCCCAAACAGGGCAAGCACAGCUACCCAGCCCAAGGCUCAGGUACCCCAUCAGUCCGCCCCCCCAUCUUUUUGGCCAAUGAGUGCCGCCCAAUCAGGCAGUAGGACUCCCAUUAUCCAGACAAAGGCACAUCCUUGGGGAAAAAAAGGACCCUUAACCAUGACAAGCCUACUCAGCAAUAGCCAUCCUUUGCCAAAUUGCUUGCCUCAAACACCAUAGGAGCUGUUUUUUGCAUCUCUUCUAGUUUGAAUUCAUGCUUUUUGGUCAUAGGUGACUAGAACUGGCCACAAUAUUUUAAAUGGGAUUUUACAAAUACGUUGAAGAAUGGUGCAAAUACUUCCCAUUCUCUUCUGAAUGUACUUCAUGAGAUGCAUUUCAGAGUAGCCUUUUGCACAGCUGCAUCCCUUUGGUAGGUAAUGGUCCUCCCAUGAGCAACCAGUAUACCCGUGCAGCAAAACCCCCAGUUUUUGUUUUAUUUUUAAAUUGCUUUCCAUGUCCUUCCCCAACCAUUUCUGAGCUCUUCUCUGCCCUCUCUAUCCCUUAUAAGUGAUUACAAGAAGUAUUAGGUAAGCUAAGUUCUUGUAUACUAUAAUUGUAAUAUUCCCCUUUUUAUAUUGUAAAUAGAGUUUUAUUAUGUUUGUAUUGCGUUUUACUCUUUUAUAUUCCAUUAAAUUGUAUCCCUAUUAUUUGUACAUUGAUUUUUAUUGUUUCAUAUUAAUAUUGUAUGGUUUAGGCCUGUGUCUGUAAAGUGAUGUCAAGUAUCCAUUCCCAUCUUUUCCCAUCUUGUCCCCAUGCCUUGUUGUGUAAGUAUGU